AUGUCACCUCCAGCUAUGGCGCCAGCUCUGGCCGCGGGUGGUAAAAGCUACAAGACUGAAUCAGGGACUGCUCGGUUACUGGGAUCAGGCUCUGCUGGAGUUGCCGAGCUCUUGGUCUUUCAUCCCGUUGAUACCGUUGCGAAAAGACUGAUGAAUAACCCAACAAGAGUUUCUUCGCUGUCCGCGCUCAACUCGGUCGUCUUCAGACAAGCCGCCACAGCCCCCGUCCUCACCAAGUUUACUUCUCUUUUCCCUGGUCUGGGUUAUGCAGCAGGUUAUAAAAUCUCACAGAGAAUAUACAAAUACGGUGGCCAGCCCUUUGUACGCGACUACCUGACCCAACAUCACGGUCAAGAUUUCGACAAGGCCUUUGGCAAAGGGACCGGCAAGGCAAUGCUCAACGCGACAGCAGGCUCUCUCAUCGGCAUAGGAGAAGCGGUACUCCUAUUGCCCCUUGACUUGCUCAAAAUUAAAAUGCAACUCAGACAGCCAGGCGGCCCUUCUCAAGGGUUUUUCAGCAUCGUCAAAGAGGAGGGUUUUUUUGGGUUGUAUAGGGGAAUAGGCUGGACAAUCGCACGAAAUGCCCCAGGCUCCUUUGCACUGUUCGGAGGAUCAUCGUUUACCAAAGAAUACCUCUUCAAGCUCGAAGACUACAAUGCGGCCACAUGGGGUCAGAACUUCGUUGCCUCCGUGGCCGGCGCAGCAUCCAGCCUCACCGUCAGUGCUCCUCUGGACGUAGUGAAGACCAGGAUCCAGGGUGCUGCGUUCGGGAAUUCCGGUUUUCAAAUCGUGGCGGGCAUGGUCAAGAAUGAGGGUAUUACGAGCUUCUUCAAGGGUCUCGUUCCUAAGAUGUUGAUGACCGGUCCCAAACUCGUGUUCUCCUUCUGGCUGUAA